UGCACUUUGUACAUUGUGCUGUUAAGGUGUGAUGGAUAGUUGCUGUCCGUAUACUCUGAUAUUUUAUCUAGCUGUGUUUGGGUACAUCUGUGCAGCCGGGUACCAGUAUGGAACGAUAUCAGUGGUCGGGCCAGCUUUUGUGAACAGGGAGGUUACACUGAAAGCGACACCAUUAUUUCCUUGGGGAUGUGACGUAGAAUGGAAGUACAAAGUGGACGGGGGUAUAACAUUCAAAACAAUGCACAGGCAAAAUAUUAAAAGAUAUUUGGAAGAUGGGUCGUUCUUUUUAAAAUGGACGGCUUCAAUAGAAUACAACAGAUCUGCCUUCUACGCCGGAUGUUCAACAAACACAACAAUUAGAACACACAUGGUUUCUUUAAAUAUUACAGAGCAACCGAGUUAUCCACUCCUUGGUCCAAAGUUUUCUGACUUCAACACAACGAAAUGCAUAUAUGUUUAUAAAGGUUCAGACGUUUAUUGCAAAACUGAAUACGGAACAGAACCAGUACAACUGUUUAUUGGAAAGAAACCAUUCCCUCACGUUGAAAGCAAAGGGAAUAAAGGGUUGUACCGAAUCCAUAACGUUUCUCAUCAAAUGGAUGGACUCUCAAGACGGAAUGUGACAUGUCAGAUUUCUAAUGCAGCCUUUGAAACAUCAUAUGAAGUGCACGGCAUUCUAUGUAGCGUCGAGGAAGGUAAUCCGCCUAUGCUGACAGUUCCUGAAUUCCUUGAUGGAGAAAACUCGACAGCAAUAUGUGAAGUGCGCGAUGCUAUCCCAGCUCCGUUAAUACAAAUACGUGUUGAGAAAGUGGUUCUAUCUGAUGCUCAACAAACUGAUUUAUUUAAUGGAUCUUCCAAUACAUUUACUAGCACAGCAAAUGUGACAAAGAUUAACAAGAAUUGGAAUGCAUACGAAAUGUGCUGCGAUAGGAAAAGCAAAGACAUUUUUGGUCUUAAAGAUGAUUCAGUAUGCAAAAGCAUUAGUAUAAAAUAUCCACCGUCGCAGCUUUCGAUGUCCUUAAACAAAAUACUUGAAUAUAGCAACAAUGUUUCUGUCUGUUUCUUAAAUAUGUCUUGUGCAACUGAUGAAUCCAAUCCGCCUUGUACAAUUGAAUGGUCAAGUGGAACCGAUAGCUUGCGUUACGUUCAUAUAAACGAUUGGGCUGAUGCUAAAAAUGGGAGUUACCGUUCUUUCUCCAACGUGCUUUACAACGUAACUAAAGACAUGGCUGGGGGAACAAUUACAUGUUCAGCUACAUGCAAUCAUUUCCCAUCUCAUUUAAACAAAACCUAUAACAUUUCGUUUUCAGAUAUUCCGACUCUGUAUUUGAACACGACAUCGCCUGUUGUUUUACCUCCAAAUUUUACAGUGACCGUAAAAUGUUUCGUUGAUGACCUGAAUAAUUCAGGCCAAUGGGAUAUUUGGUGGGAAGAUGAAAAUAGUACUGAAAUAAAGGCUUGUAUCAAAGCAGAGGAAUGCCUGUUAACAUUGAAUUAUACAGGAUAUGGUGAUAAGAGGUACAUUUGCAACACUUGGAAACCAAAGGAGCUUCUGAGAAAUUCCUUGACAGUUUCAAGCUCAAGGACAGAUGAGGCAACAACCAACCCUGAACUAGUUGUAACCCAACAGUGGCAUUUGGUCCUUUACGUGGUAGCUGGAAUACUUCUAGUUUUACUUGUAACCACGUUUACAGUGUUUCUCUUUCGUCGAUGCAAACCUCAUGUGUAUGAGAAGCCAUUACGCCCAAGAAGAACAGCAGUUAGAGAGCAAAGUAUUCAUGUAUAUGAUGUUGUUCAGUCUGAUGUGGAGACAACUGCCCUUCACAAUCUAAGAGGAGUGUCUGCACGUGCUUUCGAGCACGAACAUGUACCAUCACUUGUGGAUAUGGAAGAAAACGAAGUCCGUUCGUACGAAAAUGUUAGCCACUACGACUAUGUGGACACAACACCCGACCAUAUAGACCGUCGGACGAACGCACCCGAUGAAAACUAUAUUCACGCUAUAUAAAGAUUAUUGAGUAUCCGAUCUAAAUUUAAUUAUGUAGUCAGAUUUUUGUAAUUUGGAAUUGUCAUAAUUAUAGUUUUGCUUACAGUCUUAGUGCGUUUAUUGUUAGAACGUGCAUAUCUGAA